GUUGCUGUGAGUUGAGGCGGUGCCUUCGCUGCCUGCACACCAGACUGCGGCGCGCAUAGAGAGCUUUGCGUUACAGAAAUGGCGGAGGGGGAGUUGGACGUUGACUCGUUGAUUUCCAGGCUUCUAGAGGUACGAGGAUGCCGCCCAGGCAAGAUCGUCCAGAUGACGGAGGCGGAGGUGCGCGGCCUCUGCAUCAAAUCCCGGGAAAUUUUCCUUAGCCAGCCAAUCCUGCUGGAGCUGGAGGCUCCGCUCAAAAUCUGCGGUGACAUCCACGGACAGUACACAGACCUGCUGAGGCUGUUUGAGUACGGCGGCUUCCCUCCAGAGGCGAACUACCUGUUCCUGGGCGACUACGUGGACAGAGGGAAGCAGUCGCUGGAGACCAUCUGCCUGCUGCUGGCGUACAAGAUCAAAUACCCCGAGAACUUCUUCCUGCUCCGGGGCAACCACGAGUGUGCCUCCAUCAACCGCAUCUACGGCUUCUACGACGAGUGUAAACGCAGGUUCAACAUCAAACUGUGGAAGACUUUUACCGACUGUUUCAACUGCCUGCCCAUCGCCGCCAUAGUGGAUGAGAAGAUCUUCUGUUGCCAUGGAGGACUUUCUCCUGACCUCCAGUCUAUGGAGCAGAUCAGACGGAUCAUGAGACCCACAGACGUGCCUGACACAGGUCUUCUGUGCGACCUGCUGUGGUCGGACCCCGAUAAGGACGUGCAGGGCUGGGGGGAGAACGACCGCGGCGUCUCCUUCACGUUCGGCGCCGACGUGGUCAGCAAGUUCCUCAACCGUCACGAUUUGGACCUCAUCUGUAGAGCUCACCAGGUGGUAGAAGAUGGGUAUGAGUUCUUUGCCAAGCGGCAGCUGGUGACUCUGUUCUCGGCUCCCAACUACUGCGGGGAGUUUGACAACGCCGGUGGCAUGAUGAGCGUGGACGAAACCCUGAUGUGCUCCUUCCAGAUCCUGAAGCCGUCUGAGAAGAAGGCCAAGUACCAGUAUGGAGGGAUGAACUCCGGCCGGCCCGUCACGCCGCCCCGCACAGCCCAACCCCCGAAAAAACGAUGAAGACGGACAGACAGACAGAAAGAUGACGAGAUGAUACGAUUGUCUCCUUCUGGCUUUUCACAUUAAAGAAGUAAAAGCAACACUUGGCAGAGAAGGAACCAGAACCUCCUAUUUUAAAUAAAACACCCCCCACGCUCCAAAAACCUUUUUUUUUUCCAUUUAAUCUCUUGAACUGGUGUUGUACUUUUCUUCUUCUUGAUCUAAGCUCCUCUUCCUCAUCCUCCCACUGCAUCUAUGUAACAUUUUUUUAAAAAGUGUUUCCGUAAGACACAGUCAUUCUGUAGCAUAUCUCUAUAUUUUUGUCAUUUUUUUUUUGGUUUUUCUCAUAACAGAAUGACGGCAGUUUUUAGUUUGCCACAUGUCCUUCCUCCUGUACAGACACCACAGGUAUUAAUGACUGCUGGGUUUUCAAUAAAUAAUACAGGGAAUAAAUCCCA